AUGUCCAAACUUAGCUCUGAGUUUUCUAUGAAGGACUUGGAUCCUCUUAAUUAUUUUUUGGGUAUUGCUGUUAAUAGUACUUCUACAGGACUCUUUCUCUCUCAACAGCGCUAUGCCUCUGAGAUUCUUGAAAAGGUAGGCAUGUCUCAAUGUAAGUCUGUUUGUACUCCUGUUGCUACAUUUGGGAAACUUUACGCUAAUACUGGUUCCCCUUGUGAUGAUCCUACAUUGUAUCGUAGUCUGGCUGGUGCUUUGCAGUAUCUUACUUUCACUCGACCAGAUAUUUCAUAUGUUGUUCAGCAAGUUUGCCUAGAUAUGCAUGAUUCUAGAGUUUAA